AUGAGGACCACCGCCUCCCUCGCUGCAGCUUGCCUGCUACUUGGACAGGCCGCUGCCGACUGGCAGUUCCGCUCCCGCACUGACCUUGCGCCGCCCCGGUUGAACAUCAGCAUCCCGGCGACCAAGGACGUCGAACAGGGGUACCUCUUUGUGGCCCCUUUCGCUGGAUUCCCCGACACGCCCAGCGAGCAGCAUGGCCCUCGUCAAGCCGGCCCGUACAUCUUCCGCGAUGACGGAGAUUUGAUCUGGUCUGGCUACGCCAUUUACAGCAUCUGGUCGACCAACUUCCAGGCUGCCCGCUGGAAGGGCAAAGACGUCCUGUUCAACUUUGAGGGUGACCAUAACGCUGGUUAUGGGCACGGCCAUGGUCACAUCACCAUCAUGGAUCAGCACUACGAGACCAUCCGCGAGCUGCGAGCCGGAAACCACAAGUUGGUUGACAAGCACGAGUUCCAUGUGAUCAACGAGGAAACCGGCCUCAUCCAGAUCUACCAACCCGUUCCCCGCGACCUGACCAAGUGGGGAGGCAGCCCCGAGCAGCAGUGGAUCGUCGAUGCCAUCAUCCAAGAACUCGACAUCGCCACGGGCCGUCUCCUCUUUGAGUGGCACAGCCUCGACCACGUAACCCCCUCGGAGGCCGUGCUCCCCCUCAACCCCGGCCAAGCCGGCUCGGGCUACAACUCCUCCGACGCGUGGGACUACUUCCACAUCAACAGCGUCGACAAGGACCGCGCCGGCAACUACAUCGUGUCGGCGCGCGACGCCUGCGCCGUGCACAAGAUCAACGGCACCUCCGGCGAGAUCAUCUGGCGGCUGAACGGCAAGGCGUCCGACUUCGCCAUGGGUCCCGACAGCGAGUUCUGCUUCCAGCACCACGCGCGCUGGCUGCAGGAGGACGAGGGGGACGGUGUCGAGGUCAUUAGCCUGUACGACAACUCGGCGCAUGGCACCGAGCAUGGUGGCGGUCGCGAGGUCCAUACCGCUGAGAAUAGCAGUGGUAAGAUCCUGCGCCUUGACACCCGCGCCUGGACGGCGGAGCUGGUUCAUGGGUACUACCCGCCUAAGGGGUACAAAUUGUUGUCCAAGAGCCAAGGGUCGACGCAGGUGCUGCCGGGUGGGAAUGUGCUGGUCAACUGGGGCUCAGAGGGCGCCGUGACUGAGUACACCGAGGAUGGGGAGGUGGUGUUCCAUGCCGAGAUGGAUACCGGCGCGUUGAAUGAUGGCGUGGAGAACUACAGGGCCUUCCGGUUCAACUGGACCGGGCUGCCGAGCGAGGAGCCGGCGGUGGUGGCGCUGGAGGGGGAGGAGGGCACGUCGGUUUACGUGAGCUGGAAUGGGGAUACCGAGACGGCGACCUGGCGGUUCUUUGAGGUGGUCGAUGGGCUCGGCUCGCGUUCGUUCCUCGGUGAAGCGCCACGCAAGACCUUUGAGACCAAGCUCGAUCUUCCCAAGGGCAAGAAGGUUGAUCGGGUUGCUGCUGAGGCGGUCGACAAGCAAGGAAGAGUGCUACGGACGACGCGUGAGGUUGGCGUCGAGCCCGAGAUUCUCCCUGCUGGAUCUGGCAAGACCAAGUCCACUACCUCUGGCCAGUCUGUCGUCAAGACUCAGACAACCUUGGACGUCGACUCUUCUGCCGGUAGUCGCUGGGAGGAGUACGCCAUCCUCAAGUUCUUCCGCCUCUCGAAGGACCUUUGA